GGGCGCCUGCGCGGUGGCGGUGGGUGCGCGCCGCGCGGAGGAGUGGGGCCGCUGCCAUGGCCGGGAUCCUCUUCGAGGACAUCUUUGACGUGAAGGACAUCGACCCCGAGGGGAAGAAGUUCGACCGUGUGUCCCGCCUGCACUGUGAGAGCGAGUCCUUCAAGAUGGACCUCAUCCUAGAUGUGAACAUCCAGAUCUACCCUGUGGACCUUGGGGACAAAUUCCGCCUAGUUAUUGCCAGCACCUUGUAUGAAGAUGGCACGCUGGAUGAUGGCGAGUACAACCCCACAGAUGACAGGCCGUCCAGGGCAGACCAGUUUGAGUAUGUGAUGUACGGCAAGGUGUACAGGAUUGAGGGGGAUGAGACCUCCACGGAGGCAGCCACACGCCUCUCUGCCUACGUGUCCUAUGGGGGGCUGCUCAUGCGGCUGCAGGGAGAUGCAAACAACCUGCAUGGGUUUGAAGUGGACUCUCGAGUUUACCUGCUGAUGAAGAAGCUGGCCUUCUAGGAAAUUACCUGCUUCUGUGGGCUGCCCCAAAGAUGUUCUGCUGGCAAGCAAACAGGAACCCUGUGAUUCCAAAUCCCACCUCCGUGUCUGUGUUGUCUGGCCCUUCUGGAACUGGGGAAGAGGGAGCAGUCCCCCCCCCAAAUCCUGGCUUCUUCUGACUCUUGGGAUCUGCAGCCCUCUCUUGCAAGGAGAGGGGUGCCUGAUGGCUGAGUGGAGACCAGCUGGUUCUGCAGUCCUGGCUCUGGCCAGGGGCAGCUGGACUGGGGCAGCCACCUCUCUGCCUCAGGGCUGGGCACCAUUUCCUAAGGAGCCAUCCUGAGGCAAGAUGGGCUUGUUGAUUAAACUAGGAUGUGUUUUCUA